AAGUUUCGCUUGCCCUGCACUUCUCCUGCUCCGAAUAUUUCUCUCUCGCAGGCCCGACGCGACGCGCCCCCCUACCCUCCCUAAUCAUUGAUUGAUUGCCCCUCGCUCGAUCGGCCCAAGGUUUCUCCCGCCGGCGAGGAGCGGGCCCGCUCGCCCGCAGACAGAAUCUGGUCUGGAGGGCGAUUUUGCUCCGCUCCGGCUCGGUUUGUUUGGUGGAUUCUCGCGCCGCGGUUGGAGGGGAUGGAGCGGCGGCGGUGGCUGCAGGCCGCGGUUCUAAUGUGCUUGCUGCUGCUUUGCUCCGGGAGAGAACUCAAGAACAAAAGACAAGCGCCAGCAUAUAAUUCCACUCUCGCCAAGACGCUUGCAGAGUAUACUUCAGCAGUUUAUACUAAUGACCUGUCACAGUUAUUCACCUGGACCUGUGAAAAAUGUGGUGACUUAACAGAGGGCUUCGAGGUGAUCGACCUGAUUAUUGAUGUGAAAAAUUGCUUGGAGGUUAUUCCCUCUAUCCAUGGUCUUUCUUUUUUACCUUUAAUAUACUCUUCUUUCACAUUGAUGUUGAUAGUUUUGAUGAGCCAGGCAUAUGUCGGUUUUGCAAGUGACAUGAGUGCUGUUGUUGUUGCAUUCAGAGGGACUCAGGAGAACAGCAUCCAGAAUUGGAUUGAGGACUUAUUUUGGAAACAACUUGAUUUUGACUAUCCAGGCAUGACUGAAGCAAAGGUGCACAGUGGGUUUUAUUCUGCAUAUCAUAAUACAACAUUGCGUGAUGGAGUCAUCAAUGGCAUCCAGAAGACCAGGGAAGCAUAUGGCAAUAUUCCCAUCAUGGUGACUGGACAUUCCAUGGGAGGGGCCAUGGCUUCGUUUUGUGCCCUUGAUCUUAUUGUCAACUAUGGGUUAGAGGACGUGACCCUGCUGACAUUUGGGCAACCUCGGAUUGGUAAUGCUGUGUUUGCUUCCCACUUUAAGAAAUACUUGCCAAACGCAAUUCGAGUUACCAACGCACAUGAUAUUGUGCCUCAUCUACCCCCGUACUACCAGUACUUCCCACAGAAAACCUACCAUCAUUUCCCACGAGAGGUUUGGGUUCAUAAUAUUGGACUCGAUAGCCUAGUAUACCCAAUCGAGCAAAUCUGUGACGAUUCUGGUGAAGACCCCACUUGCAGCAGGUCCGUGAGUGGAAAUAGCGUGCAAGACCAUAUCCACUAUCUUGGCAUCAGCAUGCAUUCCGAGUCGCGGGGAUCAUGCAGGAUCGUCACGGAUGACAAUAUGCUCAGGCACAAAGUUGACACUGUAGACGGUGCUAUUGUCUUCUCGAAGCAGCCUGGUUUAUCAGUUGAUCAGCUACUCAGUACACAGUAAACAAGCUCAAGAUUACAUGGAUUUAUUUUGAUGGUUCUUUUUUGCCAAAGUACAAUAUUCUUGUUGGCAAUCAAAGCACUAUCUCAUGUAUAUAUACGCGUGUGAUCCUGGCUGGAUUAAAUUAUCCUAGCUGAGGGUGUAUUUCUGAAAUGUACAAACAUAUUUAUGCUGAUUAACUUGUUCAUAUUCUUGUAUAUAAUUUAAUUUGUUUAA